AUGCUGUCUUCCUCUCUCAUCCUACUUUCCUCCUCCUCCUCUUCCCCUUUGAUUCCCGCUCUUCAUUCCUCCACGCAUGCGUUAUAUGUUUCAGCUCGGCACACCCGUCUCACCUUUGGCAUCUGCGUGCACGGCCGCGCCCUGCGCUACACGCAGUCAAACAGGGCCCAGGCUGGCCUCUCCGAGUCCUCCUCUUUCUUGCCCUCCUCGUUGAGCCCCUCCCAGCCGCACGAUCUCACUUUCAAGAGUCAUUCUUAUACUGCGCUCCUAGGCUUCGAUUUUCGCGAGCAGCAGGUCUCGGUAGCUGUAGAGGUCUCUGCGAUGUUCAAUUGA